GUCAAUCGCGCGACGCGGCCGAACGUCGGAAGUCAGCCCGGGCGGCCUCAGUCCGUCGAGCGAGGGGGCGCCGCACGUGAUCCUUUGAGUGCCGGUCUGUGGGAGAGCGCUCGGAACGUCCUCGGGGGCGCUUCCCGUUGGUAAAGGCCUUCCAAGAUACCCCCUUUGUAGGUGGUUAGAGUCAUCGAGCAAAUUCGUCCUAGAAAGAGGGGUGGUUCUGCCUACUUUAAAUGAGAAGGAAGUGCACUCCCGCUUCAAAAAGUCGCUGUCGCACUGUAUGGAGCUGGGUAAUGUUUGAUUAACACUUGAUGACACAGCAAAGCUGCGCUGGGGAAGAUCCCCAUUUCGCACAAAGUGAUCGAAAAGAGGAGAAGAGACCGGAUCAACCGCUGUCUAAACGAACUCGGGAAAACCGUGCCCAUGGCUUUGGCCAAACAGAGUUCCGGCAAGCUAGAGAAGGCGGAGAUUUUGGAGAUGACGGUGCAAUACCUGAGGGCCCUUCACUCCGCGGAUUUCCCUCGGGGAAGAGAAAAGGCAGAACUUCUAGCUGAAUUUGCCAACUACUUUUAUUAUGGCUAUCACGAAUGCAUGAAGAACCUAGUUCACUACCUGACCACAGUGGAGAGAAUGGAGACCAAAGAUACCAAGUAUGCUCGGAUUCUGGCUUUCUUGCAAUCCAAAGCUCACUUUAUCACAGAACCUCUCUAUGCUUCCUUGGGAUCUCUUCCAGAGUCAGACUUUUCCUACCAGCUUCCUCCAGCUCCAGACUGCUUGGGUCAAGGCACUAACGAUCCUGUUUUCUCACAAGCGGCUGGGCACGGUCACUUCUCCUGGCAUGGUUCCACCAGAAAUCCCACCAUUCCUUACCUUCCCAAUACCGCUAUGCCCCUCACUAGUCCAGGACAGCAGCGCAACACUUUCUUGCCAUCGGUACAAGGGCUGGAUCGCCACUACCUCAACCUGAUUGGCCAUUCCCACCCCAAUACAUUUAGCCUGCCUCCUGGCCAACAUCCAUCUGUGUUGUAGCCUACUUCUGGGAUGUCCAGUUUGUUUUCCAAAGUGGGCUCCCGUGUCUUUCAUGGAUGAAUUAGAGAACUGGAUGGUUCCUUCUAACAUGUUGUUCUUUAAAGGCAAAGAACAUCUUUCAUCCCAUUAGUUAUCGGAAGAGAAUAUAUUACCUUGCACCACAAUGGCCCUUCCAACACUGUAAACAGAUAUGUAACUAAUGGUGGGGAAAGAAUAAAGAUGAACUCCUGGGGGAAGAAA